ACAACGGUUAGGCCCAGCGAGCCCAACUCCGGGCGGAAGUGACGCGCCUCGCCGGCCCGAAGUUGGGGAGGAGGAAGAGACUUCCGCCUCCGGUCGAGGAGCUGGGGGAAGAAAGGAGAAGGCGAAGGAGGUGGGAGGGGGAGCGUGGCGGCGGGGUCUCCCCCCUCGCUUCGUUGAGGUCGCUUCGCCCGUGGCCAUGGAGUUCCCUGGAGGAAACGAGAAUUACCUGGCGAUCACGGGGGCGACUCAUCCCUUUUUGUCGGGGGCCGAGACGUUCCACACGCCAAGCCUGGGAGAUGAAGAGUUCGAAAUCCCGCCCAUCGCGCUGGACGCCGACCCAUCCCUCGCGGUGGCUGAUGUUGUCGGUCACUUUGAUGACCUGGGGGACCCUGUGACAGCCCGAGAUGCUACUUUCUCAGCCCAGUAUGGGGUGCAGGCACUUGACAUCCCUGUGGGAAUUAGCCACGGCCUCAUGGAGCAAGGAGGCGGGCUGCUGAGUGGUGGGCUGGCCAUGGACUUGGAUCACCCUAUGGGGACUCAGUACAGCGCCAACCCCCCUGUCACCAUCGACGUGCCUAUGGCGGACAUCAGCUCCAGCCUGAUGGGACACGGCCAGCUCACCACCAUCGACCAGUCGGAGCUCAGCUCUCAGCUCGGCCUCAGCCUGGGAGGCGGUGCCAUCCUGCCCCCGGCCGCCCAGUCGCCCGAGGAGCGGCUCUCGCCCACCCCGUCGCCCGCCAGUUCCAUGCACGAGGAAGAGCCGGAAGAGAUCAGGAGGCAAGUCUCCAUCGCUAAGCCGCUCCCGACAGCCUCGGCAGUGCCGACGCCAGCCGCGGCCCCCGCAGCGGUGGUGGUGGAUGCUGGCAAGAAGCCAAAGCCCACCAAGAAGCAGAAGAAAAAGAAAGACCCCAACGAGCCCCAGAAGCCCGUCUCGGCUUAUGCCCUGUUCUUCCGCGACACCCAGGCGGCCAUCAAGGGGCAGAACCCCAAAGCCACCUUCGGGGAGGUCUCCAAGAUUGUCGCCUCCAUGUGGGACAGCUUGGGGGAGGAGCAGAAGCAGGUCUACAAGCGGAAAACGGAGGCAGCCAAAAAAGAAUAUUUGAAAGCGCUGGCGGCGUAUCAUGACAACCAGGAGUGCCAGGCGGUUGUAGAAACGGUAGAGCCGGACACGAUCUCCUCGCCGCCCGAGCAGCCGGUGCCCGCUUCCUCCAUGCACCUGCCCCGCCUCCAGCCUCCGCCCCUCCAACAGAUGCCCCAGCAGCCGCCCGCUCAGCCGGUCACCAUCCUGCAGCAGCCCCCGCCCCUCCAGGCCAUGCAGCAGCCUCCCCUGCAGCAGAAAGUGCGCCUCAACCUCCAGCAGCCCCCGCCUCCUCUGCAGAUCAAGAUCCUGCCUCCGCCGGGCUUGCAGAUCCAGCCCAUUGCCCUGCAGACAGAAGAAAGCAGCCCGGAGAGACCCAGUGCCGAGAUCCAGACUUCUCCGGAGCCCGUGGAUGUCGUUCCAGAGGUGGAGUCGCCAACACCAAUGCAUGUGGAGCUGGUGUCCGAAUCGCCGGUGGCAGCGUCGCCCCGGCCACGCUGCAUCCGGGCAGGCUGCGAGAACCCGCCGGUGGCCAACAGCGACUGGGACAAUGAAUACUGCAGCAACGAGUGUGUGGUGAAACACUGCAGGGAUGUGUUCCUAGCUUGGCUGGCUUCUCGCAAUCCCAGCAACAAUGUUGUAUUUGUGAAAUAACCCCCACCCUUUGGGGGGGGUGUCCUGGGGCAGGAAAUGACUGCCCCCCCUACGCACACUUUUUUCCAACGGACGACCAAAAAAAAAAGGAAGGAAAAGGAUCGAGAACGGCCAUGCAACUUUGGGGUGGGAAACGGUGGAGCAAAACAUUGGUACAUCACCUGGAGACCCUUCUGCAAGAGACAACGUCACCCCUUCUGGGUGGGGAGGGGAAGGGAAGAAGGCUUGGGUGCUGCAGACUUUAUUUCCCCCCCUUAUUUUUUUUUCUCCCUAUACAUGAUCCCUUGAUCUGUUUUCUUUUUUCCCUCUUCCUUGAUGGCGCCGAUUAAAGCUGGACGAGGGAUGCCGAC